ACGGAAACAGCAACAUGGACAAGAAAAUGGACAGACUGCCUAUGGAGAGCGGAAAGAAACUCACCCACAGACUGUAUCCAUCACUGCCCAGUAUCAGCAGGUACGAGGUCUUUAUGCCAGACCGUUUUAUUGAAGACAAUCUGCCUGAAGCUGCUCUUUAUCACUCUGAGAAUCUGCGGGAAGACACACAGUCAGAGGGUUCCACUGCCAACACUGACUUUAGGAUGAAUGCACAGAUACUGAUCUUGGAGGAGCAAAAACAAGAGCUUCUUUCUAUUAAUGAGAAAUGGGCAAAGGAGUACCGAACCAUGGAACAAUACUACAAAGAAAAGGUUCGUCGUUUAAAAGCAUUACUGCCGCAGGAAGUAUGUGACGAGGGAGAAAAGCACAUCACACCAUAUGAAACACUAAAAAUGAAAACACACAGCACACAGACGGGAGACGGUGACAUCAACGGUGAGUUAGUAAAAGCAGAGCGAGAGGUGAAGAGACUACAAGAGCAGAACAGAACUCUGACCCGACGAGGACAGCAUCAGCACGCAGAGAUCACACGACUGAACAAGGCCCUUGAGGAUGCACUUCAGAGCUGUCAGCCUGUGGAAAUGAGCAGCGAAACACUACAGGAUGUGUGGAAACAUCAGGCGGAGGUCUAUAAGGAAGACUUCCUAAAGGAGCGAAAAGACAGGGAGAAGCUGAAGGGGAAGUAUUUAGAACUGGAAAAGAAGUUUAGGAAAGUUCGUCAUGAAGUACACAUCAUUAAAUCUGAGCCCACUUGGACGACGCCACCGCAGCCGCUUGUCGAAUGCGCCUGCGCAAAGCGAGACAAACGUCCGAACUACGACGCUGAGCCGCUCCACCAGCACUGCAACUACCUCCAGAGACGACACACGCUCAAAGACAAACUGUGAACAUCGACCGCCUCCUCUGUUUUUUUGUGCGACGGCGUGUGACGUAUCAGGCAGGACUACCUCCGGGAAAGUUCAGUGUUCUGUUCCAGUCGGCCGCAGGUUUGACCUCAGGCGGUGGGGGUGGUCUUAGAGUAGACCCCCGGUCCAUUCUGUGGUCAAACUGCAUGUGAAGCUCAUGUACAGCAGGAAGGAGAAAAGCAGCCAAGUUUGGGACUUAUCAAUUGUUGUACAGUCUAAACACUAUGACUCAUGGGUAAUGUUUAUCUAAGGCACAGGUGUCAAACAUGCGGCCUGGGGGCCAAAACCGGCCCACCAAAAGUUCCAAUCCGGCCCGCGGGAUGAAUUUGCUAAGUGC